ACGGGGAUGGACCAGAACUAAAUAGCACCCCUCUUUCUCUACGUUGUUAUCAAUAAGGUUUUCGUAUCAGAACAUAUUGGACGAAACACACUGAUACUAAUAUGUCUGUGGUAGUCCAGUUAACUUGAAAACAUUGCUCCGUGAACAAAGGUGGGAGAUGGGACCUCCAGGCUACAGAUCCAGCUUUGAGUGGGCUGUCUCCCCGCAUGAAUGCAAUCAAAGACCCAAAGAUGUGAUCAUCCAGCGACUGUAUGAAAGAACCAUUUUCACUUUUGAUCAGCGUGAUUAGGUGCUAAUCUUCCAAAGCAAGUCGGAUUUCUUAAAUGUCACUGUUCAAGUACUGAUAAUACAUGUUUAGAAAAAACUAUUUUACACGUAGUGAAGUCACGAAGUAUAUCCUCCAUCUUGCCUAUUCUCCCGCCUUGGUUUCCUUUGCUCUGUGUGUGGAGACGCCAUGGCUUAGCUUUCGGUGCUAGCUAGUCCCUCCCAAAAAGCGCUAGCGGGGUUAGCUGUAUGUAUUUCCCUGCCAACGCGCUAGCCGCCAUUUCAUUCUCCGAGGGAGAAGACGAGGAGUGCGACUUCUAACAGUGACGUGGACCCUGCACAAUGGUGAAAAUAUUCAUAGGGAACUUGUCCCCAGACACCACAUCAGAUGAACUUCGCUCUCUCUUCUCCCAGUAUGGCAAGAUUGCAGAAUGCUCAAUUGUCAAGAACUUUGGCUUUGUCCACAUGGAUGACAAAACGGAGGCAGAAGAAGCCAUCCGCAACCUCCACCAGUAUGAGCUGAAUGGCCAGCCUAUGAAUGUGGAAUUAAGUCGUGGCAAGUCAAGGGGAUCCACCAAACUGCACGUUGGCAACAUUGCCUGUACCAACCAGGAGCUGAGGGCCAAGUUUGAAGAGUUUGGCACUGUGUUGGAGUGUGACAUAGUAAAAAACUAUGCUUUUGUUCACAUGGAGAGAAUGGAGGAUGCCAUGGAAGCCAUUAAUCAGUUAGACAACACAGCUUUUAAAGGCAAACUGAUGAGCGUGAAGCUUUCGACUAGCCGCCUGCGUACUGCGCCGGGAAUGGGAGACAGAUCGGGUUGUUAUCGUUGCGGGCAGGAAGGCCACUGGUCCAAAGAAUGCCCUCUUGACCAAAAUGGCUACCACGGUUCAGAGCCAAAGUCUGAUGGAUACGAUGCCUCGAGAUUUGGCGGGCGGGGUCGCAGCAGGGGUUAUCAUCCGGACUUCAGUGGCGAACCAGAUUACGGUGGCAGCUAUGCUCCUGUGCACGGUUUUUCCCGAGGUUCCGGUCACAGCAGCAACAUGGCAGGGUACAGAAGAGGUGCAGGCUAUGAGGGUGCAAUGAGGUAUGGGCCACACCCGGGGUAUGGCGUAAAUGCUGCUGCUGAACAUAGCAUGGCUCAGAUGUAUGGCGGCGAGGCAGCAUACAGGGGCAACGGCUCACUGUAUGGCGCGUUCCCAGCCUACCCGGUGCGACGGUCGCCUUACGAGGAAAGAGAUCCGUACGGGGUUGUGGACUACUACGAGAAGUACAGGGCCAAUUCUUACGGAGGCAGUUAUUUCGAGGAACGCCGCGCUGUCCCUUUGCCUGCUCCAGCAGCGUCCUCCUCCACGGCUAUAAUGAGGGAGCGUCUGCCUCCCUCUAAUGUCAACCCAUACGAGCGCCCUCCCCUCCCUCCUCCACCAGCCCCAGUCUCUUCAUACUACGCACGUGACCGGAGUCCGAUUCGGAGAGUUGCUGCCGAAGCAGAUGGAUAUACUUAUGAGCGUUCGCGCCUUUCUCCGGUGACCGCCCUCCCAAGAAGUUCUACCUAUGAAAAUCCGCGGGAUCCCGGCGCGGAACGGGCACGGUAUACAUACUAGUGCUUGUCCCAUGCAGUCAGGGCAGAGCUGAUUUACAGUAAGCAGGUCCUAAUUCACACUCCAGUCCAAACAGUGGCUCAGUUUCCCAUCUCUCAUUGUCUUGUAACAUGCUGUGGUAUAGCUGCAGUUUUGAAAUGACUUAGCAAGUAUGUAAAAGCAGGUCCAGCCUGAUUCUUUAUGUGACACUGCUACAACUGAAUUUUUGCCCUUCUGAAAAAAAGAUACAUAGCCUGAACACAUUACAUUAGUGCAUGGUGCUUAUUGUAAAGGUGAGUCUUCUGUUAAUAGAACUUAGUGUAUUCAGCAGCUUCUAAUGUAUUAUGUGCAUUUUAGUGUAUUUGUGUUAGUGGAAGUGCGCCUCAUAACUGCAGCAACGGCUAAACAAAUGUGAGUGCUUGAAGCCUGAAAACAAGGACCUUUUCUUCCUUCUCAUGGUUCCACUUUUCUGUUCGGGGUCAGAUGAAACCAUUUGUGAAAUUAAGAUGGGAGAACUUUUUUUUUUUCUUAAGCAUCGUGAUUGAUUUUUUUUCUUUUUUAUUAUUUUACUGACAGUAGGGACAUUACUUAAAUUCCAUUGAUUUCCAUUGCUAUGAUAAAUAUGAGAUACACAUGUUCAACCUGUAGUAGUAAUGCAUUGACCUCAGAACCCUUUUUGUCUGUAUUGAUUUCUCACUAUUAGAUUAUAAUAAAAAUCUGUCUAAAGUUUGUA